GCGCAUGCCCAGUGUGCUCAACUGCUUUGCUGCGCUUUCGUGCAUCUCCGACUUCUAUCACCAGGUAAGGGUAUCCUAGAAACUGAGCUACAGUUGGCUGGUGCGGACAAGAAGCAGAGGCUCCCGAGAGCUUUCGGGUACGUAAACGGGAAAGGGGUGCUCAGUCUCAGCUCCAAAAUCCCGAAUGGCCGAGAGCGGGGGUACACAACGCAGCAGUUCCCACUGGUGGGGCCCUAAGGAUGGGGAGGAUGAUGGGAUAAGACGAGCAACUACAAGCCCCAGCAUGCAGUGCGCAGCUGGCCCCAGGAGACAGGAUCGCUGUGCGGCGCUGCCCGGCCUCGGCCUAGAAUGUGGGCCGAGCGCGGGACGGUAACUGUCGGCCCACCGGAAUGCUUAGAAUGAGUAAGGCGGCAGGCCAGGCGCUGUGAGCGAGUCCUUAGAUCGCGUUCCCAUGACGCUUGCUGUCCCGGGGUUGGGGGACCCUGGCAUGAGGGGAAGUGCGGUCUCCGUGGGCCAGCCGGUCCCGACCUAGCCAGCGUCGGACCUCCACGGCCCCAGCGGCUCCUGCGUGGCUACGGGAUGACAGAGCCGGACGUGACGCCGCGGUGGAGGAAGAAGGGAGAGGCGGAGCGCAGCGCGGUGACGUCCUCCCAAGAUGGCGGAGAGAGAGUGAAGAAACUGUGUUCCCCCUUGGGUUGCUAUCGAUCACGGGUAAAAUUCCAUUCUGAUAUCAAAAUGCAGUAUUCACACCACUGUGAACACCUUUUAGAGAGACUGAACAAACAACGGGAAGCAGGUUUUCUUUGUGACUGCACCAUAGUGAUUGGGGAAUUCCAGUUUAAAGCUCAUAGGAAUGUACUCGCCUCUUUUAGUGAGUAUUUUGGUGCGAUCUACAGAAGCACAUCUGAGAACAAUGUCUUUCUUGAUCAGAGUCAGGUGAAGGCUGAUGGAUUUCAGAAAUUGUUGGAGUUUAUAUACACGGGAACUUUAAAUCUUGACAGUUGGAAUGUUAAAGAAAUUCAUCAGGCUGCUGACUAUCUCAAAGUGGAAGAGGUGGUCACUAAAUGUAAAAUAAAGAUGGAAGAUUUUGCUUUUAUUGCUAAUCCCUCUUCUACAGAGUUAUCUAGUAUUACUGGAAACAUUGAAUUGAAUCAACAGACUUGUCUUCUUACUCUACGAGAUUACAACAAUCGGGAGAAAUCAGAAGUAUCUACAGAUUUAGUUCAGGCAAAUCCUAAACAAGGAGCUUUAGCAAAGAAGUCGUCUCAAAGUAAAAAGAAAAAGAAGUCUUUCAACUCCCAGAAAACAGGGCAGAAUAAAACAGUACAAUAUCCCAGUGACAUUUUAGAGAACGCAUCUGUUGAAUUAUUCUUAGAUACAAAUAAAUUGUCCACACCCUUAGUAGAACAAGUUACACAAAGAAAUGAUAAUUCAGAACUCGAGUUGACAUCAGUUAUGGAAAAUACUUUUCCAGCACAAGAUAUUGUGCAAACUGUUACAGUGAAACGGAAACGAGGAAAAUCACAGCCAAACUGUGCUCUGAAAGAACACUCUAUGUCUAAUAUAGCCAGUGUCAAGAGUCCUUAUGAGUUGGAGAACUCUGGGGAAGAGCUGGAUCAGAGGUAUUCCAAGGCCAAGCCAAUGUGUAACACAUGUGGGAAAGUGUUUUCAGAAGCCAGCAGCUUGAGAAGGCACAUGAGAAUACAUAAAGGAGUCAAACCUUAUGUCUGCCACUUGUGUGGAAAGGCAUUUACCCAGUGUAACCAGCUGAAAACGCAUGUAAGAACUCAUACAGGUGAGAAGCCAUACAAAUGUGAAUUGUGUGAUAAAGGAUUUGCUCAGAAAUGCCAGCUAGUCUUCCAUAGUCGCAUGCAUCAUGGUGAGGAAAAACCCUAUAAAUGUGAUGUAUGCAAUUUACAAUUUGCAACUUCUAGCAAUCUCAAGAUUCAUGCAAGGAAGCAUAGUGGAGAGAAGCCAUAUGUCUGUGAUAGGUGUGGACAGAGAUUUGCCCAAGCCAGCACCCUGACCUAUCACGUCCGUAGGCAUACUGGAGAAAAACCUUACGUGUGUGAUACCUGUGGGAAGGCAUUUGCUGUCUCUAGUUCUCUUAUCACUCAUUCUCGAAAACAUACAGGUGAAAAACCAUACAUAUGUGGUAUUUGUGGGAAAAGUUUUAUUUCCUCAGGAGAGCUCAACAAACACUUUCGAUCCCAUACAGGAGAAAGACCAUUUAUCUGCGAAUUAUGUGGAAAUUCAUAUACAGAUAUUAAAAAUUUAAAGAAGCACAAAACAAAAGUCCAUUCUGGUGCAGAUAAAACUCUAGAUUCCAGUGUAGAGAAUCAUACUGUGAGUGAACAAGAUUCCAUGCAAAAAAGUCCUUUAUCAGAAACUAUGGAUGUGAAGCCUUCUGAUGUGACUUUACCACUAGCUCUUCCACUUGGGACUGAGGACCACCACAUGCUUCUGCCUGUCACAGAUAAUCAGUCUCCUAUAUCAGAUACGUUGUUGAGGUCAACUGUGAAUGGGUAUUCAGAACCACAAUUGAUUUUUUUACAACAGUUAUACUGACUUCAUGAGGAAUAUGGAAUUGCUAAGACAUCCCUGGUAAUAAACGUAAACAUCUCUGGUGAGGUGCAUAUAUUCACAUUAAAUUCCCAUUCAUUUGAGUUGUGACCAUUUUUCAUUCACUAAAGUAAAAGCACCUGAUGCUGCAUCA